AUGACCCCACAGCCCAACGUACCAUUGCCGAUGAACGAAGACAACUUCCUAAACAUGACCAGACACCAGGGCUUCACCGUCAAAGUAGAAGAAGAUCGCGCAUCAUCACUGCUAGCCCAAAUGGUUCGACUGAACAGGAUCCUAGCCCAAAUCAAUGACUUCAACAUCCAAGCCGCCGAAAACAAAAUCGAAACAGCAGAUGCCAUCUCUACAAUCGAGGCACUCUCUUCCAAACUCGAUGAAUGGAUCACCCUUCUACCAAGCGGUAUGCAGGAGACUCGCGAAAACCUCCUAAACUACGCCUCUCAAGGUCUUGGCCAACUUUUCGUCACUCUCUACCUAGGCUACUACCACUACGGCCAAAUGCUCUUCUACAGAUUCCUACACGAAGACUCGCGAUGUUUCUCGCCACGAACACAUUUCUACGCAAAAACAUGCAAAGAUCACGCCGUCAAAUUGAUUGAAAUGAUAUACAGUUCAGAGGAUGUACCUGGUUGUGCGGUGCUGUACAAUAUGGUCGGUCAUGUGCUUGUGAUUGCAUCGACGGUGCAGAUUCACACUCUGCUUUUCGGGGUUGACAACGAGAGUGUUACUCUUGCACGAGGAAGACUGGAGAGGAACUUCUGUAUUCUGACCCGGCUUCGUAAAUUAUGGCCUACACUUGAUGUCUGUAUGGAGCGGUUGCAGGCUUUUCAUCGGGCUUGUAGGCGUUCUGUUGAUACGAGCUUUUGUAUGGAUGAGUGGAUGGUGAGGUUCUUGGUUGAGUUUGCUAAUCCAGUUAGCGACAAGGACGGAAGUGCAGGUGAUAUUGAGGAGAGACCUUGGGGGUUGCAGGAGAUUGGGAUUUCAUAA